AUGGACCAGACUUCCGCUUACAAGAGAAAGAGAGAGAGAGAGAGAGAGAGAGAGAGAGAGAGAGAGAGAGAGAGAGAGAGAGAGAGAGAGAGAGAGAGAGAGAGUUUGAGAGAGAGAGAGAGAGAGAGAGAGAGAAGACGGGAGGGGCUCCAGUCCAACGCGGAUCUUCCGCGUUUACGGCCCGCCAUGACGUGGGAAGGCAGCUCAUGUCUGACUUGGGUGGUUGGCACAGAGCUACGGCGCCAGGCGCGCGAGCUGGAGAAUCAGAUUGACAUCAAGCUCAUGUCCUACAGCAAAUACGGAGCCAGCACGCGGGCCGAGGACAAGGAGACCGCCGGUCGCUUGGAACAAGAGCUGCAAGGGCUGCUGGAGGAAUUGACCGUUGUGAACGACUCGCUUGCCGACCGGAUCGGUGGGAGCAAGCACCCCACGGCAACCAUGCUGCACACGGUGGACCGACAUCGGGAUAUUCUGAUGGAUUACUCCAAAGAGUUUCAUAAAACACAGGCAAAUAACCGCCACCAGCGCGAGCGUGGCGAGUUGCUCACCUCCGUGCGCAACAACAUUCGUGAUUACAAGGCACAUGGCAGCCGCAAUGAAGAGCUGUACAUGCAAGAAAGCGAUCAUAUCGCGAGCUCGACGCGCAUUGCGGAUGACACUGUCAGCUUGGCCAUGUCUGCUCGGGAGGCCUUGUUGGAGCAGCGCAACGUGUUGCAAGGCGCUGGCAGUAAGUUGCUGAGCACGAUGCAACGACUGCCCCUCAUCAACAACCUCUCCCAGCGCAUCAGCAUGAAAAAGAAGAAGGAUACCGUGAUCCUGGCCACGGUGAUUGCCGGCUGCAUUAUCUUUUCCAUUUGGUACACCCUGCAUUGAGACGUGGGCGUCGAGGGUCGGGCUCGGCCAGCUGAAUACGUUCGCCAACGCCCAUGUCGGUUUGUGGGCAGAGUGGCACCACGUCAUGUGGUGUUCGACAUGUCCAUCACCUCGGCGGCUGGGCCGACCAUCAUUUUAUCAUAGCACAGCCAACAGGUGCAUGCGGAAGAUGUCGAUGCUGGUAACGCACUGCGCCUUUCUUCGUGGAUGAAGCAAAUGGACACUGCAUGGCGCGCCGUAAAUUGUAUUUGUGCACUUUGCCGUGUAUCUGG